GGCGUGCUCGUUGAGUGCGAUGAGUCCAUCAAGGCUACGAUUGUUAAGAUCGACGCUGAGCAUAGUCAUGAAUUCAUUAUCGAGAAUAUUGACGAUCGUCAUGUCUUGAUCAACCAAAAGAAGCAUGAAGAGCUCAAGAUCCUGCUCAAAGAAGAACUCAAGGACACCGUUCGUGAGGCCGAAGACAGUUCGACCGGCUCAGAGUGA